AUGGAAGAUAAGCAAUUGGCUUUUAAAAAUGUUGAAAAUAUAAUGAAACUUUAUGAUAUCCAAGGUGUUCCUUAUGACAACGGUUGCUUCGAUGAUAAAGUAUCAGAAGUCAUUCGCCUCUACAAACUCGCUUUUGUUGAAAGAUCAAUGGUGCAACAAGAUGUACAUUCUGAGCGUUAUGAAGGUUUCAGUACUGUGAGAAUGUAUCUGAGAGAUCCAAGCUUUUCCAAAAUUGCAAGAAGUCUCGAGUCAGAACGUAUCUCUCAAGCAGAUGUUGAAAUUGUGCCACUUCCUGGUCCUGGUGUGAAAAGUUAUGCUCCAAAAGUAUCAGAACUGGACAUUGAAUCGUCAAAAACAGAUGUACCAGUGAAAAAAGCAGAAGAAGAGUCGGAGGAAGAAACUGACACAGAUUCAGAUGAUGAUUUACCACCACCUGUGCCACCUAGUAUAAGCAGGUUUUUUGAAGAAAAAAAUGAUACAACUUCAAAAAUAAUACAGCGUAAAUUCUUCAGUCCAAUUGAUAUCAAAGUUGAUCCGAAAGAAAUAAAUCCAAAAGAUCUAACACCAAAGAAGACACUGAAUAAUAAAAGGUUUUUAACACCAGUUGAGUUGAAAGUUGAACCAAAAGUUACCGCUACAAAAGCUGCUGCUCCAAAUUCAAGAUCUGGUCAAAGAUUCUUUGCUCCAGUUGAAGCAAAAGUUGAUCCAAAAGUUAUUUCACCAAAAGUUGUUCAAUCAAGUGCCCAAUCACUCAACCGUAGGUCAUUUGCACCUGUGGUUUCACCAACAAAGGUGCAAUACAUGCCAAACACACAAGUUAGUGAACCAGUCAAGAUGAAAAAAAGAAAAACGCUAGGUGUUCGAAGAAUAAGAAUGCCAUAUAAUUAA